GACCACUGCCCCAUAAUAAUCCAUCCCUUAAACAAUGGCUUUAAUGUCUCUGUACUCUCUAGUAGAUUAAUUUCUACCAUUCUGUAUCCCACAAAAUUACUCCAAUGAUCUGAUAUGUUGAGAAGAAAAUCUUUGAAGGUGUAGAUGGAAAAAACCUCAUUUCCUUCAUUUAAAAAAAAAAAAAGAAAACAGAUACAAGAAGUCACGCAAAUCUUGAAGUUAGGUCAUCUAAUAUUAAUCAACCUUCACGCAUAAUAUAAACCCAUCAUCUCCCUCUCGUGUUUGAAGAAUUCUCACAUAUAUCCAUCCAUGGCUAAGCGGGCUUUGCUUUGUUUUCUUGUCAUUCUGUGCUUUUCACUAACAUCUGCUGCUACAACUUACACUGUGGGGGAUAGCUCCGGUUGGGACAUAAGCACUGAUCUUGAUACUUGGGCUCAGGGCAAGAAUUUUGUCGUUGGCGAUGUUCUCUUGUUCCAAUACACAUCAUCCGAUAGUGUGAAUGAGGUGACAAAAGAGGCUUUCAACAGCUGCAGCACCACCAAUGUUAUAAAAACAUAUACCAAUGGGAAUACGACAGUUACAUUGUCAAGACCUGGUCCAUGGUUUUUUAUUUCGGGGAACAAGUUGUAUUGCCUAGGAGGAAUGAAACUCGAGGCAAAUGUACAAGGAAAUCAAGCAAAUUCUCCUGUUGCUGCGCCUCAAGCUCAGCCAGGGGCUGCUCUUCCUCAGCCUUCCUCUAAGAACAACAAUCCUAUUCCAACGUCUGCAGGGUUUGUCUACAGUGGAAGAGAUUCUCUUUUAAAAGCCUUCUUUGGUUUUGUGGCUGCUAUUUUAUGGUUCGUGGGAUAACCAUUAAUUCCUCUGUAUUGAAGUUCUUUAUCUUCAAUGCAUGGACUUUUUCUUUUAAUAAAAUCUUUUGUAAAAUAAGGAUCCUUGUUAUAAUUUUUAUUCGUUUAAUUAAGCA